CAUAUAGUAAUAGUUCAAAUGUUAAUGUAAAACCUCGUUUAUGGAUUAGAAGUAUUCUUAGUGCGCCAAACAGUGGAGUUGUGAAGAUGAACCGUAAUAUUAAUAAUAGUAAACGAAGUUCCAACCCCGUUGUUGGGGCGAAUAUCUUUUCUAAAUGGAGUUUCUGGUGGAUGAAAGACCUUUUCAAGAAAGGAUAUAAAGGACCGCUAACUCAAGAUGAUUUGUAUGAAAAUAAGCCCGCCCUUAAUAGUCAUCGUUUGACUAACAGAUUCCAGGAAUUAUGGAAUGAAGAGCUAGUGCGAAAAAAGCCAAUUGUUUUUCGGGUGUUAUUUCGGGCUUAUGGGAUGGCGUUGAUUGUCAUGGGAGUACUUUAUUGUAUGCUCGAAACAGGAUGCAAAGUUAUACAAGUGUUCAGCCUUGGUGAACUCAUCUCCUAUUUUACUCCUGGCCAAACGAGCAUAACCAACGACAUGGCAUGGAUGUACGCAGUGGGAAUAGUUGUCCCUAUAAUAUUGAAGGUGAUAGUGCUGAAUCCGUACAUGCUUCAUUCCUACAUCAUUGGAAUAAGAAUGAGACUUGGAUGUGCUGGACUGAUUUACCGAAAAAUCCUAGGAAUAUCAAAAUCAUCCCUGAACGAUGGGAUGAGUGGACAAGCGAUAAAUAUCCUUUCCAAUGACUUAACAAUAUUUGAUAUGUGCAUGACAUAUGUCUGUGAAGUAUUUCGGGGACCGUUGGAAGCGAUACUGUUCGGAUACCUUAUGUAUUUAGAAAUAGGUAUCUCAUCAAUAAUUGGAGUCGGAUUUAUGCUGCUGUUUCUACCAGCUCAAGCCCUAGCUGCAAGAAAGACAGCGAGUUUCAGACAAAAGGCCGCAGCCCGAACUGAUAAAAGGGUGAAACUUAUGAAUGAGAUACUUCAAGGAAUCCAAGUUAUCAAAAUGUAUGCUUGGGAAAAACCUUUUUCUGCUGUUGUUGCUAGUGUGCGCAAGUCUGAAUUGUCUGCUAUAAAAGGAGGAAUUUAUAUCCAGGCGGCAUUAAAUUCUAUCUACAUGAUCUCAGGUGUUUCAGUGUUCAUAAGCUUAGUUUCGUACGUCCUUUUUGGGAACGUCUUGACCGCGAAGAAAGUAUUUACAGUUUCUACCUAUUUCAAUAUUUUGACUGAAUCUCUCCUUCAAUUCUGGCCAACAGCCAUAACACUUUGGGCUCAAGCUUAUGUUUCGGUUAAAAGAAUACAAGAAUUUCUUCUUCAGAAUGUAGAUUUAGCCAACAACGAGAAUCGUAAAUCCUCCGGUAAAUCUAGAGAAUCAGUUAGAGUAUAUAACGAAAAUUUUGCUGAGAAAUCAGUUAUAUUUGAAAAUGUCACAGCGAAGUGGAACGGAUGCAACACAGAAAACUCGACCUUGAAAGGUUUGACUUUCUGCGCUAUGCCAGCAAGCCUAAUGGCUAUAAUUGGGCCGGUUGGAGCAGGAAAAUCAUCUUUACUGAACGUGAUCAUCGGUGAACUCCCUCCUCAAGUAGGAAGGGUCAUUAUAAAUGGGAGUCUCAGUUACGCAUGUCAAGAAAAUUGGGUAUUUGAAGGCCCUAUCCAGGAUAAUAUAAUUUUCACAGAAGACUUCGAUCAAGAUCGAUAUCACCAAGUCAUAGAAAUUUGUGCACUGAGAAGUGACUUUGAUUUACUUCCUUACGGCGAUCAGACUAUAGUGGGCGAACGUGGCAUAAGUUUAAGUGGGGGUCAGAAGGCCAGAGUGAAUCUAGCGCGGGCCUUGUACAAGAGAGCUGAUAUUUACCUCUUGGAUGAUCCACUCUCAGCAGUUGAUACUCAUGUUGGUCAUCAUAUUUUCGAAAGAUGCAUCAAGGAAUUUCUGAAAGACAAGAUUUGUAUACUCGUUACACAUCAGCUUCAGUUUCUUAAGGAUGUAGAGCACAUUCUUUUCAUGAAUGCUGGUAGAAUCCAAGCACAGGGAAGUCUUCAAGACCUUGAAAUUAUGGAUGGUCUUCAAUUUUCUGAGAAGAGUCAUAUUGCAUCCACUGAACACGCGACUGAAUCAAAAGGUGUGGAAUCAGAGGCAUCUGAAGAAAAAUAUUUAAUAAAGGAGUUUAAGAAAGAUGAUAGUGAUGAAAGGAAGGAGUACCAGGCCGAAGGAUCUGUGGGAUUUGAUGUAUAUAAGUCAUACUUUAAAGUGAUGAAUAGUUGCUUUUCAUUUUAUAUAGUGUUAGCGGCGUUUGUAAUGGCAAGGACUGUGCUAUCAGGAGUUGAUUACUUUCUGUCACAGUGGGUUAAUUGGGAACAAGCUAUUAUUUCAAGAAACAUCAGCGCGUUGCUGGAUAAUGCAGGGACUGCAGAGGAAUUUCAGGAAGAUCGGGAAACGUUCGUUAUAACUUACUCAAUACUACUGGCCGUAGCACUGAUACUGUUUUUAACAAGGACCUAUGGAUUUUUUGCCAUGUGCUUGCGGGUAUCCUUGAAACUCCACAAUAAACUUUUUAGCAGCAUAACUCGGGCGACAAUGCAGUUUUUCAAUAUAAACUCUUCCGGCAGGAUUUUGAACCGUUUUUCAAGGGAUAUAUUUUCAAUUGAUUGUAACCUACCCAACUCGAUGCUUAUUUGUUUUGGGUUCAUCCUGGAUGUAACCGCAAUAAUGAUAAUCGUUGCAAUUGCAAACUACUGGCUCCUCAUCCCGACAGCUAUCAUUAUCAUGAUCUUUUAUGCAAUUUGCAACGUUCUCAUACGCACGACUCGUAGUCUAAAGCGAGUGGAAUCUUUGAGUCGUAGUCCAAUCUACUCUCAUACGAAUCAAACCUUCCAAGGACUAACAACUAUUCGGGCAUUUCGGGCAGAGGACACUAUCGAAAAGGAAUUCCACGUUCUUGAAAAUACGCACACCUCGGCUUGGUUCGUCUUCCUAGCAGCAAAUAGAGCCCUCGCCCUCUGGCUUGAUAUAGUCUGCAUUAUGUACAUUGCGGUUGUCACCUUCAGCUUCCUUGCAAUGGAGAAGCAAUUUAAAAGUGGCGAUGUUGGAUUGGCUAUAAUGAAUUCUAUUAAUUUGGUUGGUCUCUGUCAGCGGGGCCUGCGACAAACUGCUGAAGUGGAGAACUACAUGACCUCAGUUGAGAGAAUUCUGGAGUACACCAAACUUCCAUCUGAAUCCGCUUUGGAAACUACAGACGCAUACAAACUAAAGGGAACCUGGCCCGAAAAUGGGUCCAUAAAAUUCAUUGACCUCAGCAUGAAGUAUGCACAGGACAAGGAUUUCACUUUGAGAGAUUUGAAUUUUUCAAUCGAAGGUGGUGAAAAGGUGGGAAUAGUUGGACGGACAGGUGCUGGUAAAUCUUCCAUCAUUCAGGCUAUAUUUCGUCUGGCAGUCAAUGAUGGUGUGAUUGAAAUCGAUGGCGUUGAUACUAGUCGCUUGGCUUUAUACGACCUAAGAAGCAAUAUCUCAAUUAUCCCCCAAGAUCCAAUUCUAUUUUCGGGGACACUUCGUUAUAAUUUGGACCCGUUCGGCACUGCUACAGAUGAGGCAAUCUGGAAAGUGUUAGAAGAUGUUGAACUGAAAGCAUAUGUUUCAAGCCUGCCUGAUGGACUGGAAUGUGUUAUGUCCGAAGGGGGGUCGAACUUCAGUAUGGGGCAGAGGCAGCUUGUGUGUCUGGCGCGUGCUAUUUUAAGGAACAAUAAACUUUUAAUCCUAGAUGAGGCGACAGCCAAUGUCGAUCCAGAAACUGACCAGUUUAUUCAGAAAACUAUUCGUGCCAAGUUUGCAAACUGUACAGUGCUGACCAUAGCUCAUCGACUACAUACAGUUAUGGACAGUGACAAGAUCCUGGUAAUGGAAGCUGGUCAUGUUGUAGAGAUUGGUCAUCCGUAUAUUUUGCUUAGCCAAAAUGAAGGAUACUUGAGGAAAUUGGUUGAACGAUCUGGGCCUACCACAUCGAUAGCACUUAAAAACAUUGCCAGAAGUAGUUAUGAAAAAAAGUUUAUAAAUAUUGAUUCCAAAUAGAGUUCGUGUUAAAGGACAGGCUUUUGGACGACGCUGUG